CCAAGACAUACGACAUUUCACAGCCCAGCUUAGUGAAUCAAAGUACAGCCAAGUCUUACCCUUCAACUCUUGAAUAUCGUCCAUCCCUUUAGGAUUUCUGUAUCGUUCAGGCUGUCAAUCCAUCAAUUUGAAGUCGUAAGACGUAUGCAUCUAAAAAUCAAAAAGAUUGAACAAGCGCCUCCAAAAAUCUAGCCUUUUAGAUCAAUACUAGAAAAUAUCCGACACUUCCUCGUUCCGAUUUCUCCCCUAUUUAUUUAUUCCCUCAUCUCCUAUCUCAUCACACAAAAUUUUUUGAAGUCCUCUUCUUCAAGACUUUUCCCAACACUUCAAAGCGGCCUUAAGGUCCAGCUCAAAAUGCCAGCCAAAAAGCGAACCGCGCCAUCCCGAGCUCGUCCCUCCUCCGAACUCCACACUCCAGCCAAACCACCGCAGCCACGUCGACGUCCCAACUUUGCGGCCAUCCAGCUGCGCUUCGUCGCACUGAUCUCGUACGCGAUCAGCUUCGAGCACCUAUACUCCCACCCGAACAAGAUAAACCAGGGAUUCGGAGGCCACUAUCAGUUCCUGACAAACAUAACCCUCGUCCUCGCAGCCGCCGCCUCCGUCCUCGGCGCCCUCGAAAUCCUCAACGCCCCCCGUCUGAUCCAAUCCCUAAAAGCGCGCAUCCUGUUCCUCGCCACGCCGCUCUCCCUCUUGAUAACAGCAACCUACUGGCCGCUCUACCUCCUCCGCCCGGCGGUUCUAAAAGACACUACCAUCGCCCCCUUCGCCCCGCUAAAGAAAGACAUCGGCUUUCACCUCCUCCCCGCUCUCUUCGUGCUCGCAGAUGUGAUCAACUUCACACCGAGACGGUACGCCCCCUCGCCACUGCGCGCGCUAGGUGUCUUUGGGACGUUUUUGGGGGGCUAUGGGGCGUGGCUGUGGCUGUGUUGGAGCAAGAAUGGGAUCCCACCGUAUCCGGUUCUGGAGAAGAUGGAUGUGGGGACGAUGGCGGGAUUGGCCGUGGCCGUGGCGGGGGUGUUGGGGGGGUUGAGCUGGGGGGUGGAGGGGUUGUGUUGUGUCUUGGAUCAGGAGUAG